GCGAUCCAUCGCCGGAAAGUGAGAGCUCGGAAGGACACGAUGGGAUGAGGCGUCGGAGUGUCCCUGUGAUGGAAAAGCAUUAAAGUGAAAAUGGGGGAGCAAACGAGGAAAAGGACGUUGAGCGAUUGGGUUUGAUGGGUUAGGACUUGCUAGUGGGACUGAAGGGGUUGUUUCGCUUCACUCCUUGAAUCGCCGACACCGCCACGAGCGCCACCGCCGCCACAGCACGCACGCUGGUUUUGCUCCGCCAUCUGGAGCCCAAAAGAAGCGGGUCCCACGCCCCGUCUUAGGGUCUUCUCUCCUUCUCUCGUUCUCGCUCUCGCUCUCUCUGGGUGGAAAAUGUCGAGUGGAGAAGGAUCGGUUCUGGAUUCGGUUUAAGAGCGUGGAUUCCGGCGAUAAUUGGUUUCAUCUGUUGUUCAUCUCUCUACGGACAGAUUUUUCUUCGCGGAUUGAUUGGUUUUGUUGUGCCGAUGGCAUCAUCAACGACGGUGUCGUCGACGACGACGACGGCCGCGGGGGAUGAGGGGCUGCUUCUGACGGACGAGCAGCGGGAAUUGCUGAGGCAGAACUCGAUGGAUCUCUUGUCGUCGUCGCCGAAGUCUGCGACCUCCUCAACAUUGCUUCCAGAGCACCAGAUCAAAGUGAGUACGGGAACCAAGGCGCCUGCGGUGGGGCUUGCCGUCAGGCACGUCCGCCGCACGCACUCGGGAAAGGUCGUCCGCGUCAAGAAGGAUGGUGCUGGAGGCAAGGGAACCUGGGGUAAAUUACUUGAUACGGAUGGUGCUUCAUGCAUAGACAGGAAGGACCCAAAUUAUGAUAGUGGAGAGGAACCGUAUCAACUAGUGGGUACUACGAUAACCACUCCAUUUGAUGAGUACAAGAAGUUCGUGGUCGCCAUCAUAGAGGAAUAUUUCAGCACAGGUGCUGUAGAAGUGGCUGCAUCAGACCUCCAAGACCUUGGGUAUUUGGAGUAUCACCAUUACUUUGUUAAAAGGCUUAUUUCCAUGGCAAUGGACAGGCAUGACAAAGAGAAGGAAAUGGCCUCAGUUCUUCUCUCAGCUCUUUAUGCUGAUGUGAUUAGUCCUGACCAAAUUAGGCAGGGAUUUCUCAUGCUUCUUGAAUCAGCUGAUGACUUAGCUCUUGACAUACUUGAUGCCGUAGAUGUUCUUGCCCUGUUUAUUGCACGUGCUGUGGUUGAUGACAUCUUACCACCUGCAUUUCUUACAAGAGCUAAGAAGACAUUGCGGGAUUCAUCUAAAGGGCUUGAAGCUAUCCUGACAGCAGAAAAGAGCUAUUUAUCUGCACCACAUCAUGCAGAAAUAGUGGAGAGGAGAUGGGGUGGCACCACACAUAUUACAGUAGAGGAAGUGAAGAAGAAGAUUGGAGAUUUGUUGAGUGAAUAUAUUGAGAGUGGGGAUACCAUAGAAGCUUGCAGGUGCAUAAGAGAGCUGGGAGUUGCAUUUUUCCACCAUGAAGUGGUUAAGAGGGCUUUAAUUGUUGCAAUGGAGAAUCAAGCAGCUGAGACACUGAUAUUUAAUUUAUUGAAGGAAGCUGCAGAUGAAGGGCUUAUAACUUCUAAUCAGUUUAAUAAAGGUUUUGGUCGGCUUGCAGAAAGUCUUGAUGAUCUCUCACUUGACAUUCCUUCUGCGAAAGAACGUUUUCAACUGAUGAUUCCAAAAGCUACGACAGAGGGAUGGCUAGAUCCUACGUCACUAAAAUCCUUGGGUAUGGUUGGACAACAGACAGAUGAAAAUGAUGAAGAACUGAGGCAUUUCAAAGAAGAGGCUGUAGCUAUUAUUCACGAAUAUUUUCUUUCUGAUGAUAUUCCUGAAUUAAUUCGUAGCCUUGAAGAUCUUUCUGCACCAAAAUUUAAUCCUAUUUUUCUGAAGAAACUGAUUACUCUUGCAAUGGACAGGAAAAACCAUGAGAAGGAGAUGGCUUCUGUUCUUCUUUCUGCACUUCAUACGGAGCUGUUUUCAACAGAAGACAUUGUUAAUGGGUUUGUGUUACUUUUGGAGUCUGCAGAAGACACUGCACUUGACGUGUUGGACGCUUCAAAUGAGAUUGCUCUUUUUCUGGCUAGAGCUGUGAUUGAUGACAUCUUAGUCCCCCUGAAUUUGGAUGAUAUCAGUGCUAAGCUUCCACCCAACUGUAGCGGGAGUGAGACUGUACAUAUGGCACACUCACUCAUUUCUGCUCGGCAUGCAGGUGAGAGGAUUUUACGCUGUUGGGGUGGUGGAACUGGGUGGGCUGUGGAAGAUGCCAAAGACAAGAUAAUAAAGCUUCUGGAGGAGUAUGAAACAGGAGGUGUUGUUUCAGAAGCUUGUCAGUGCAUCCGAGACAUUGGAAUGCCUUUCUUUAACCAUGAGGUUGUGAAGAAAGCAUUGGUUAUGGCGAUGGAAAAGAAAAAUGACAGGAUGUUGGAUCUGCUGCAGGAGUCUUUCAGUGAGGGGCUGAUUACUAUCAACCAGAUGACCAAGGGUUUUUCAAGGGUGGCUAAUGAGCUGGAUGAUUUGGAGCUUGAUAUUCCUAAUGCAGGUGAGAAGUUCCGAUCAUAUGUUGAAUUUGCAAGGAAAAAUAAGUGGCUUUCAGCGUCAUUUGUAUACGCUCCUACCUCAUGACCUGCUCCAGGUAUCUGAUCCCCUUCCAGUUUUCUUAAGCUUGGCACUGUUGGAUCCUCUGUAAUUUACGCAGGUGACUGUAUGGAUUGGUUCUGUCGUUCUUGCUGGUUUGCAAAUACCUUCAUCCACUGUAAAAAAUAGCUUUCUUUCCUUUCAAUUAUUUUCCUUUUUUUA